CCGUGAGAGCGCGCGACGGCGGCAGGACGGUGACGGUGGGUGCUCGCAGCCGCUCCAAAGCCAGAGGAACACGGAGCACCGACCGAUCGGCGACAUGGCAGCAAGAGUUGUCCUGGUGCUCGCGCUCGUAGCGGUGGCAGCUGCGUCGCCGGACGUGGCGCGAUGCUACGACUGUUUCACCAGCACAGCCAGCUCGGCGUGUCACGUGCGACCCCAGAACGAGCCGAACGGCAAGGCCGUCUGCCCGCGGGGCACCAAGAGGUGCGUCACAGAGCGCCACCAGACCAGCGACGGCAACCUCAUCUCGCUGCGGAGACGCUGCGCCACUGUGCUCGAGUCGCGCUUCAGCUACAACAGGUGUGACGCCCAGCCGGACGGCACGUCCCGCUGUCUCUCCUACUGCCGGGACCCGAGCUGUAACCGCGGCACGGGCCGACUGUACCCCUCCACCCGGUUCUGGAACCACGACGGACCUGACUACGCCGACUACGUCUUCGACCCCGAGCAGGCCGUGCUCGACCCCGCCUACGGAGGCGAGGCGCGGCACAGCAAACACAUCCAGGACGACCAGAUGCUCGGCCUGGGUGGAGGUGCAGGAGGAGUGGCCGUCAGUCUGGGCGUGAUGAUGGCAAGCCUGGUGGCGAGGAUGGUUGUGGUGUGAAGGAUAGGCGCUGAAUGACUUGGAAUAGAAUACCAGAGUAAAGCGGAAGAUUUAGGGAAGGGUCGUGAGUUCGAGGAUGGCUAGCGGAGGGUGUGAGGAGGCUAAUGUGUUCAGCUAGCUGCCGCCCUAUGGAAGGAAAUGGUAGCGAGUGCCCUCAACUGCCAUUUCCAUGAAGAGGAAAUGGCAAAGAGACGCAGAAUGAUCAAUCCAGCAGAUGGCCAAAGAGGAAUUGGACUGACAGGCGAGGGUUAAACCAUCGGUGAGACGCUUAGAAGGGGAAUCCCGUACAAGGUCUGAAAAUAGGGGACCGCGACGCGAAGGCGAUGGCGCCAUGUUGGAGAAGUCACGACCAGCGUCGAACAGCUCCCAACGGAGGCUCUUCGGGCACGCGGAGGAGGGCUCGCCACGCACUGACAAUCUUCCAGUGUCCCUCCCUCCGUUGUCGGCACUGCUGGAGGGAAACUAGCUACCUGCGCAGUAGACGCGCUCGACAUCUGCGCUCCGCAGCGUUGCGUAACGCUAAUUACGGUCGUUAUGUGCGGGUUUCGCGGAGAGCCCGGCGCCUCGAGCGUUUGCGCGUACCAAACCCAGGCUGUGCUGGACAAAGGACAAUGACAUUGGGGUGACGGUACCGUGGGGAUGAAAGUGAUGUGAUGACGCAGCUAAUAGAGGCGCGAGUGGACCUGAAGAAAUGUGCGCGUCUUGAUGCGUAACGAGACGUUUCUUCUCGUGGGGUUCCGAGUGUACGAAGCUUUCCGUUACCUUGGCCGCAGUUCGAAAAUCCCAGACACGCGCAACGCAAGUAUAUGUUUCAAGUGUUGCGCGUGUUGCUUGGAAUAGCGCAUCUUACCGUUUGCACGUCAAGUGUACCUACUUCCAAAGUAGUGACGCUGAAGGAUGCGCGAAUAAACUAUAGUAUUUUGUGAGUGGGAAUGACAGAAGUUGCUUGUACCCAAUCGAUUAGCGUCGCAUCUUUGCCGAUGUACGACAUUGAACGUUUCGUGUCUGCCUGUUAUUCUACGUCCCUGAGCCAUGACACUUGUGCUAGCUGUAUGUAUUGGCAGACUCGUCUGCUGAAUGAAUGCCCACUCACGCCUAUGAUAAUACGCAUAGCCACGUAUUUGCACUGCAAACGCUGUUUAUGCGUGUGUUCUGUACCGACUCACACGUCACCCAACAUGUGAUAUAUGUCCGUCCACGGAUGCUUUCAAGGCACGGCGGUAAGCCCGCCGGCGUUAUGAAAGCGGAUUGUUCUGGUUUUAUCGCGUGCACCCUUAACAUUGAUUCCUGCCACGAUAUAGGUGCAGUUGAGUGACUCACAGGAAAACUGGACACUGCUGAAACCGGUGACGUCACUGAAGCAUGCUGACGUCAUCGACUGCAGCGUUUCCGAUUGGCUAGACAAAGUUGGACUUGUUUUGAGAGUUUUUCUUCGGGGUGAAAGAUUGUGGCAUUGAUCCGCCUUUGUGUUCUUCAAUCGAUAUUGCAUUUGCUUGUAUGCAGUUGAUGUGCGUGAUAUGUGUAUGAAUUUAACCAAUAAAUAUUGCUGAUGUGUUGAA